GAGAGAGAGAUCCCAUCUUGCAUAUACCACUUUGUGCUGUUUAGGGUUGGAGGCAUAUAUAAUUAACAAGCCUACAUGCCCAGUCUCUUGGGUUUUCUCUUAAUUCACUCACUAAUUCUUCUUCCCUCACUCAACUCUGUGUCUCAGUUUCAGUCAAACUCAGAAUCUGAUCACAAACAGUUUCAAGAUGCUGAGAAAGAUGGAUGAAGGAGAAAUCAUCACCAAUGCUUUCCCUCACAACCUAACUGCUUCUGCUGCAUCAAAUACUAACAAUCCUCCUCCUGCUUUGAAGAGGAAGAGAAACCUCCCAGGAAACCCAGAUCCUGAAGCUGAAGUUGUGGCCUUAUCGCCAAAGACACUCAUGGCUACCAACAGAUUCUUGUGUGAAACCUGUGGGAAGGGUUUUCAGAGGGAUCAAAAUCUUCAGCUCCAUCGACGAGGACACAACCUUCCUUGGAAGCUUAAGCAGAGAACGGGGAAGGAAGCGAGGAAGAGGGUUUAUGUGUGCCCAGAGAAGAGUUGUGUCCACCACGACCCUUCAAGGGCUCUUGGAGAUUUAACUGGGAUAAAGAAGCACUUUUGCAGAAAGCACGGUGAAAAGAAGUGGAAGUGCGAGAAGUGCUCAAAGCGUUAUGCCGUGCAGUCGGAUUGGAAAGCACACUCCAAGACCUGUGGCACCAGAGAAUAUAAAUGUGACUGUGGAACUAUCUUUUCAAGGAGGGACAGUUUCAUCACUCACAGGGCCUUCUGUGAUGCUUUGGCAGAAGAAACAGCAAGGGUAAAUGCAUCAUCAGACAUGAACACCUCUUUAGGGGGUAACAUCGGUUACAACGUGAUUGGAACUUCUCUAGGCCAUAACAUGGCAACCCAUUUUUCUUCAAUUUUCAAGCCAGUUUCAAGCACAGAAGAAGAAACAAAUAAUCAAACAUCUAGGGGACUACCCCUUUGGAUGGGUCAAACAUCAUCUCCUCAGGCUCAAGAAACAAUGGUGAACAACAAUUUGAGUGAGAUUCAUCAACUUGGGUCUGCCACAAGCUCAUAUGGUGGCAACUCACUGGUCCAAUGCUCAAACUUUGCACCUUCAAACUAUCAACUAAGUUGGGUGUUCAGGACUAAACUUUCCAAUGACAGUAACAUCCAAAAGCUAACAACAAGCACAACAACUACAUCACUUCCCCUAGGCAACUCGAGUGUUCCUUCUUUGUACAGUUCCCAACACCAACCCCACCAAACAUGUUCCUCAGCAAACAUGUCAGCCACGGCUUUGUUGCAGAAAGCUGCACAAAUUGGAUCAAGCUCAAGCGACCCUUCAUGGCUUGGGAGCAUAGGUUUGAAAUGUGGUAGCAGUGCUGCUGCUCAAGGUCAAGAUGGGGAUAGCAGUAACAAGUUCAGUGGCAUGUACGGUUCAAGUUUAGUUCUUAGCACACUUGGGACUGAACCAGAUAACUCUGCAUGUGACUUGUCACAAAUGCACCCUCCCAAACGUAGACACGUACUCAGUGAAGAAAAUGGAGGGGGGCAGUUCAGGGAUUUCCUCGGUGUUGGUGUGCAAACCAUUUGCCACACUUCAUCAAUCAACAGGUGGAUUUGAUUUGAAGAAAAGUGUUCGAUGAAAAUGGUCUUUUCCACACUCAUUUGAGAAUGUACACUUUGCAAGGAAGAGAAAGAGAGAGUAAUAAUUAAUGUGUUGAAGAAAAGGAAAAAGAAUGUAGUGUGAAAAAAAUCUUGAGUUGAUAUUUAAGUAUAUAUAUGUUGGUUUUUGAUUGUUUGAGUA